AUGCCCGCGCAAGCAGUGCGAGUAUCGAUGGAGGGAUUGGAGUUGUUUGAUGAUUUGGCUGAUAUCACUAAUGAUUUAGAUGAUUUACUACUUGAAAAGGAUAUACUGGUCAUAAACAAAACGUUGGACUCGGAUUCUGUCAGUAAUAGGAAUCAGAACGUUCUUUCGGCGGAACUCUUACUUACGUCUGAUGGCGAUAUUCAGACUCGUCUCAAUGACCACGUGAGAGAUAUAAUUUUGAAAAAAAUUGAUCCAACCUACCACUUAUCAUCUGAUAAAGUUUCUCAAGAAGCUUAUAUAUCAUGUGUUACUGCUGAUGCAGUCUAUGUGCAAUUAGCUUCCAAAGGAAAAAAGCAAUUAGACGAAUUAAUUAAAAACGUUGCCAAAGAAUUUCUAGACAAUGUUUACUUCAAACCCCGACCUGUCUUGAGUCUCAAUCCUUCCAAAUUGUAUAUGGCCAAGAGUGUAGCAGAUAAACUCUGGCACAGAGUAAAACUGAUCGAAAUUAUUAAUGAUAAUGAAGCGCGGGCUUUUUGCGUCGAUGAAGGUAACGAAAUGACUGUUAAAAAGACUGAAUUGGUUUCUUUAGAGGAUCUUCCAGAACUGUUGAGUCUGUUCCCGCAUCAGAAAAACGAUAAAGAAAAAGAGAAUGAUGGCAGCUUAAGCAGAAUGGAAAAGCGAUUAGAAAGCAUACUCAAAGUGUCAGUCAGAUUAGAAAGUAGAGACAAAAAAUAG